UAACGACUGGACAGGAAGUUCGUUGCAAGUGCUCUAGUCAUUGUUUCCUGUCGGACUUUUUAAGUGACGGACACUUUGAUCCAGACAAGCAGCAACAAUGGUGGAAAUCCACACGUGGAAGUUUCAUCACAAAACUUGGUCAAAGUGACAACACUUGAACGGUUAAAGGAGGUGAAGCCGCAGGGAUUAAGCGGCGGUCGACACGCUGAUGGCCGCACACCAACACAUCAGCAGGACGCCAUAGGGCCGCCACCCCAGCGCCUCACGAUGGCGUCCGUGACGGAGGAGCUGACCUGCUCCGUCUGCAGAGACCUCUUCAGCAAGCCCCGCCCGCUGCCCUGCGGCCACAGCUUCUGUCCCGCCUGCAUCCGCCAGGCCUGGGGCGGCCCCGGCGAGACCGAGGGCCACUUCGCCUGUCCCCAGUGCGCCGAGCAGCACGGCCAGGUGCUGUGCGACUGCUGCUCCCCGGAGGCGGACGAAGGCCUGGUCCACGUGGCCGUCAAGACCUGCCUGAGGUGCGAGGUGUCGCUGUGCGCCGAGCACCUGCGCCACCACCUGGACAGGCCGGCGUUCAGCAGCCACCUGCUGGUGGAGCCCCUGGGGGACGUCUCCCGGCGCAAGUGUCCCACGCACACGGAGGUGUUCCGCUACUACUGCGCCGACGAGAGGGUGUACGUGUGCGGCGACUGUCUGCUGGAGGGAAGCCACGCUCAGCACGAAGUCAAAGGUCUCAGACAGGUGGAGGACGAUCUAAAGGAUAUUCUUCAGACACUGCUGGGAAAAUCUGAAGACAAGCUGAAAAACGGCGAACAAAUCCUCAAAGACUUCGCCAACAUCGACUCUACUAUUGCUGAUUCUCUGACGGAGGAAAACGCCCAAGUGGAGCGGCUGGGUUCGGACCUGCAGGUCCAGGUGGAGAAACUGGUCGCGGCUCUCAUGGAGAUAACCAAGAAGGACAGACGGCAGGUCAUCGAGCGCGUGCACGAGGACUGUUCCAAACUGAGGGAGGACCUGAGCCAGACCACGGGCAUCCGGCGCUACUUGGCGGCGCUGUUGGCGGAGAGCGACCCCUUCCUGCUUAUAUGGGCCUUUCAGUCUGAUGACACAAAGCUAGUACCUGACCUAAACAGUCCACUUUUCACCCCGGAACUGGUCAGUUUGGACAGAAAGCACAUUUUGGAGGAAAUGGAGGGCAAAUAUGGAGAGUUCAUCAGCGCCACACUGCGCUGCCUGAGUGAACUCAAGAGAGAGCUGUUGACCAGUCCUCUGACUCUGGACGCCAGCACCGCACAUCCUCUUCUGAGCGUCUCGGACGACUUGCAGUUGGUCACCAGGCUUCCGAGUCGCCAGCCCCAAGCGGACCACCCGGAGCGCUUCGACCACUGGCCGCAGGUCCUCACGGUCCAGAGCUUCUCUGCCGGCACUCACUACUGGGAGAUGGAGGCCGAGGGGUUCUGGGACAUCGCCGUCUGCUAUAAGAGUAUCGGGCGAAAGGGGAAGGAGGGCAAUGCCUUCGGCAACAACACGGUCUCAUGGAGUCUCACCCAGCAACAUGACAGGAAGCUGGCCGCUUGGCACGACCGGAAAAAAACCCGUCUCGCGUACAAAAUGACCGGCAAUCGCGUCGCCGUGGCUGUGGACUACAGUUCCGGCACCAUCACCUUCUCCGAAGUGGGACCAUCGAGCAACCUGACCCACGUUCACACUUUCUGGACCACGUUCACUCAGCCCGUGUCCUUGGGUUUUGGACUUUAUAAGUCGGAGUUUAACAGCCGUAUUUCGUUUAUGAAAGUCUAAGGGGACUGAGGGAACAAUACGGAGGGAUACACUCGUACAACUUGGUGUGGAAACUCACGAAAAUGUGAUAGUUAGUGUCUCAUCGCCCGUCUGAAUUGGGUGACAGAAACCUCAAAACGUAGGAUUCUGUAAAGAACAUUUUAAAACUAAGGACACAUUGAAUAUUAUUAAAAAUAGUUCAAAACAUACUAAAAUAGUACUGAAAAUAAUGUAGUACCUGCUGUCUAUUUUAUUCCAGUGGUGUGCAAACUACGUCUUCAAUUUGGCCCGGGAAACGUCACAAGUUUAAUAAGGGAUCUGGCAUGUACUUAUAUGACCCAAUGCAAGCAACCAUCCCGAGUCAUGGUGCAAAAAAAAAAAAAAAAGUAUCGACAUACGUUUUGGCACCUGUACCAAAAUAUUGGUAUCGGGACAACCCUAGUAUUUACAGUUGAACAGUGUUUCUUAACCAUAGGGCCAGGGCCCGUUGUUGGGCUGCCAACAAAUAUUUGUUUCUCAGUUGUAAUACACUUUUCCGCCACUUGUGGCAGUAAUGACAUUCUCAAACAAGGAGAAGACUGGAGCUAACGUUAUAGAGAAGUUUCUUAAGCGCAAAAAUGAUGACUAAAGUGGUAUUUUACUUUAACUUUAUUGCCAAUUUAUUUAAGAAACAUGUUCAUUAUAGUUUUAAGUAAUAUACUUUUCCACCACUUGUGGCAGUAAUGACAAUAUAAAACAGGGGUAGUUGUAAUACACUUUUCCACCACUUGUGGCAGUAAUGACAAUAUAAAACAGGGGUGGUUGUAAUACACUUUUCCACCACUUGUGGCAGUAUUGACAAUAUAAAACAGGGUUAGUUGUAAUACACUUUUCCACCACUUGUGGCAGUAUUGACAAUAUAAAACAGGGGUAGUUGUAAUACACUUUUCCACCACUUGUGGCAGUAUUGACAAUAUAAAACAGGGGUAGUUGUAAUACACUUUUCCACCACUUGUGGCAGUAUUGACAAUAUAAAACUGGGGUAGUUGUAAUACACUUUUCCAGCACUUGUGGCAGUAAUGACAAUAUAAAACAGGGGUGGUUGUAAUACACUUUUCCACCACUUGUGGCAGUAAUGACAUUAUCAAACAAGGAGAAGACUGGCGCUAACGUUAUAGAGAAGUUUCUUAAGCGCGAAAAUUAUGACUACAGUGGUAUUUUACUUUAACUUUAUUGCCAAUUUAUUUAAGAAACAUGUUCAUUAUAGUUUUAAGUAAUAUAGAAAUUUAUUAGAGCCGUUUAUCCAUUUCAGGAAUGUAGUUUAUCAUAGAACUGGCAUCCAAUGUAUAUAUAUAUA